AUGUCUUGCAGUAAUUGUAAUAUUAGUUUAGCUGGUUUGGAAUAUGUAGAAAUAAACAAUAAAGAAUUAUGUAUAUCUUGUUACAAUUCAAAAUAUGGGAAAAUAUGUACUGAAUGUGAAAAAUUAAUACCUAUUGGAGCUAAAUAUGCUAAAAACGGAGAAAAAUAUUGGCAUAGAGAUUGUUUUCAAUGUACAAAUUGUCAAGCACCUUUGACUAAUUAUAAAGUUGAUGGUGAUGGAAAAAAUUAUUGUGUUGUUUGUUAUAAUGACAAAUAUGCUUCGAAGUGUAUCGCUUGUAACAAAGUAAUCACUACGAAAGAACUUUAUGUGGAAGCUGAAGGACAAGUAUUUCAUGAAGAAUGUUUUCGAUGUUCUUCGAAAACAUGUGGUAAAAAAUUAGACGAUGGUUAUAUUCCAAAAGAUAAUGAAUUCUUCUGUCAAGAAUGCUAUAAUGAAAUUAUAUCAACAGUAUGUAACUACUAUUUACAAAUAGUCUUUUGGUAUUUUCGAGUAUGGAAUUAA